AUGAGACCGGCUGAGACCGCCUCCGCCGCCACCAAUGCCUUUGCUGCCGCUGGCGCUGCAGCUGGCGCUGCCGACCGGGCUGGUCCCGUGGUCGACGCGUCGGCUGGCGUUACCACCCAGUCGAGGAAGAGGAGGAGAGAGGAGGAGGAGGAAGACGAGGAGGAGGAUGAGGGGGAGGGUGAGGGUCACCCUAGGCGCUCUUCGCGUCCAUCUCGUCCCCGUCGUGUGCGGCCUGACGGACUCAUCCCCCGUCAGGUUACAUGCUUCGGGUGUGCGAGGGCGUUUUUGGCCGGAACUGCGACCGGCCAUUGCGCGGAUCAGCCGGGCGCGCGCUCCCGUGCUCGCGGGGCGCGUCCUCCGCGCUGCUGGAACUGCCGGGGCGGGCAUACCUGCCUCCCUCUCCCAGCUGGGGGACCCCUUGAGCGCGCCACGGGUGAGCUGGGUGUUACGAUCAAGGUAUCGGGUAACCUGUUCUUAGGGUAA